CACCACCGAUAGCUCUGCUCAGAGGUUGCAGAGGAGCUUUCGUACAGACCAGCAUCUGUGCCCUGUUCACAACCGGCCUUCUCCUUCCUCACACCACUCACAGAAGCAGGAUGCGCUGGGUGUGUGCGUUGGGCCUCUUGUCGGCUCUGCUGCAUCUGUCCACGUCCCUGCUGCUGGGAGCCUUCAACAUCAAAUCAUUUGGAGACAAGAAAGCCUCCAACUCGACUCUCAUCAACAUCAUCACCACGAUUGUCCAUCGUUACGACAUCAUUCUGAUCCAGGAGGUCAGAGACAGCGAUCUGUCGGCCACCAAAAAACUCAUGGACCACGUCAACAAAGGUUCGCCCCAGUUCAGGUACAGCCACAUCGUCAGUGAGCCUCUGGGUCGCAGCUCCUACAAGGAGAGAUAUCUCUUCAUCUACAGGGAGCAGACGGUGUCUGUGGCUAAAAACUACACCUACGACGACGGCUGCGAGCAGUGCGGGACUGACACCUUCGGCCGGGAGCCCUUCGUCGUCAUGUUCACCUCCGAACUGACCGCUGUGAGGACCUUUGUUCUGAUCCCUCAGCACACGUCUCCAGACUCCGCUGUGAGGGAAACCGACGCCCUCUACGAUGUGGUGACCGACGUCCGCGCGCGCUGGAACGCCAACGACAUCGUGCUGCUGGGAGACUUCAACGCGGGCUGCAGUUACGUGUCUGGCACCGACUGGCAGCAGAUCCGCCUGUUCACAGACACCGGUUUCCACUGGCUGAUCCCCGACGAGGCCGACACGACGGUGUCACACACCAACUGCCCUUAUGACAGGAUCGUGGUCACCGGCGACAUGAUGGAGGGAGUGGUGCCCGGCAGCGCCGAGGUCUACGACUUCAUGGCCGACUUGAAUCUCAGCCAGAGUCUGGCGUUGGCAGUCAGCGACCAUUUCCCUGUGCAGGUGGAGCUGAUCGAAUCCUGACUCCCAAAAGUCCUGCAGAAACCUGCAGGCUGAAUCAGAGUCGAUACCAGAUCAGUGGGGGGACUUUGAAAUCAACAAGCAUUCAAUUUACGAGACCAAAAUAAAGAAAUUAUUUCUGCU